CGCCAUCUUUACUCCAGAGCUACCGGUACAGCGUUACGCUACUCCAGCCGCUACUGCUCCGCCAGGAACCGCCGACCGGCACGGACGGACUCGCCGCCACCGAGCGUACAUCUUCUCGCACAGACAGCAACGCGUGUAGCGGCCUCAACACCAUGGGAGAUCGAGAGGAUCUAGUCUAUCAGGCCAGACUGGCCGAACAGGCAGAAAGAUAUGAUGAAAUGGUGGAAUCCAUGAAGAAGGUAGCAGGCAUGGACGUAGAGCUCACGGUAGAGGAGAGGAACUUGCUAUCGGUGGCGUACAAGAACGUGAUCGGUGCCAGGAGAGCGUCCUGGAGGAUAAUCAGCAGUAUUGAGCAGAAAGAGGAGAACAAGGGCGGAGAAGACAAAUUAAAAAUGAUCCGGGAAUACAGGCAAACGGUUGAGACAGAGCUGAAAUCAAUCUGUAAUGAUAUUCUGGAUGUACUGGACAAGCAUCUCAUUCCAGCUGCAAACACGGGGGAGUCCAAGGUUUUCUACUAUAAAAUGAAAGGUGAUUACCACAGGUAUCUGGCAGAGUUUGCCACAGGGAACGACAGGAAGGAGGCCGCAGAAAACAGUUUGGUAGCUUACAAAGCUGCUAGCGAUAUCGCAAUGAUAGAACUACCGCCAACGCACCCAAUCCGUUUAGGUCUAGCACUGAAUUUCUCCGUAUUUUACUAUGAAAUCCUCAAUUCUCCAGACCGCGCAUGCAGGUUGGCAAAGGCGGCAUUUGACGACGCCAUUGCGGAGCUGGACACAUUGAGCGAAGAAAGCUACAAGGACUCCACACUUAUCAUGCAGUUGUUACGUGACAACCUGACACUAUGGACUUCAGACAUGCAGGGAGAUGAUUCCUAAGGAACAACAGCUGUUCAUUCCCUAUAAAAUGUUACUUUGUGAAGAACAGAACAAAGAAGCUCUGCAAGACGUGGAGGACGAGACCCAAUGAGACUUCACAGCCAAUACAAGAACCCCUACCGACCCUCACCAGAACCCCAGUAUCACAGUGGGAGCCACCAACCCCAACUUGUACCUGCUGGCUCUCAUUGGCUCAUUGCCCCUUGAGGCAUCUUUGGGUUUACCCCCACCCA